GGCAGCUUCUUGUGGGUAAUUUGGGUGCCACUACAGAGAAGGUCUUUUUCUAGUAGUUAUCCACCUAACCUCCAAAAGCAGGAGCACCUGAAAGAGGGUCGGUGGACCGGUUCCAUAGAAUAAGCUUGUUGGAUGGUAUAAAAGUGUGUGAUGCAACCUAAAUAGUUUCUGGUCCAAGCUGACCCACAAAAUUAUUUGCAAAUUAAUGGGUAUCAUGUUAUAGUUCAGCCUCUCUUUUCUACUCUGUAAAACCCCAUUUGCAUGAGUGGCGUUACAUAAUCCAUAAAUAGGCAUAAUGUGCAUGCGCACACGCACACACACACACACAUCUCCAGCUUCCAUUUGCAAUAAGUUUUGAUUUUUCUCAGCUACUUCUUUCUUGUGCCAGUGGGGCUUGCUUUCUGCAAAACCCAAACAGUUUAAUUAGCAAUGCCAAAUGUAAAUUAACAGUCAUAUUAUGGGCAAAUCAUCUGAUGGAUUGCAUUGUUGAUUCACACGACGGUGCUAAAUUAUUACUUUGCAAACAUUUACACAGUGUUUACUGAUUAAUGGUUGUAGCCAUGCUAGCCAGAGGGAAAUCAGUUAUUCAUUUGCAAGCCUGAGGGAAAUCAGGUACCCUUAAUUUGACAUGCAGUGUUUCAUUCAAAUCCUUUAUUUGUUUACUUGAUGUUUAUAAUGGAUGCAAACAUUUGUGUGUGUGUGUGUGUGUGUGAGAGAGAGAGAGAGAGAGAGAGAGAGAGAGAGAGAGAGAAAGUUCCUUGGUACUGCUUCAUAGGUCCAGCUCAAGGAUCGACAGAGGACAGUGACGGUUGCAACCAUUGUGACUCAACAACAGGCCCAUGGAUGCUUAGUUCAACUUGUGUAUGGGCUAUACCAUUUCAGGCUGCAGGUGGAGGCUCACAUCAUCUGAAUGGUCCUCCUUCAAAAAACCAUUCCCCCUUUGCUUGGCAGCAUCCUGAGCCCAGUAACUGCAAAACAGUGCAUUGAGAGAACGACAUAGCUCCCAAUGAAACAGAUGUUGACAGACUCCCAGAAAUGCCACCAAGACAAUUUCCCCCGCAAGCUCAUAGAAAAGCUGGCCCUACACCACAGGCAAUGCAGGAUGGGACAGUCAACAAGCCCCUGGGCCACAUUAUCCAGGACCGCUAAUGAACACACCCCAGCGUCCUCAAGGAGCUUAUGGAGCUCCUCCAGGUCAGUGAGAGCCAGUGUGGUGCAGUGGUUAAGAGCAGUGGACUCGUAAUCUGGUGAACCGGAUUUGAUUCCCCGCUCCUCCACAUGCAGCUGCUGGGUGACCUUGGGCUAGUCACACUUCUCUGAAGUCUCUCAGCCCCAUUCACCUCACAGAGUGUUUGUUGUGGGGGAGGAAGGGAAAGGAGAAUGUUAGCCGUUUUGAGAUUACUUCGGGUAGUGAUAAAGCGGGAUAUCAAAUCCAAACUCUUCUUCUCUUCAGGUCAAAGAUAUGCACGUCCUAUAACUUGGAUGCCAGCUCCACCUCCACUUCCCAACUGCCCCCCAGGAUUGGAAUAUUUAAGCCAGGUUGAUCAAAUGAUCAUCCAUCAACAGAUUGAGCUUCUGGAAAUCAUCAUUGGCUUUGAAACCAGCAACAAGUAUGAAGUAAAAAACGCUUGGGGGCAAAUGGUUUACUCGGCGUUUGAGGACACCGACUGCUGCACACGAAACUGCUGCGGAACAUUGCGGCCAUUUACAAUUAAAAUCACGGACAACGUGGGCCAGGAAGUGAUUGAGCUCCAGCGACCGCUCCGGUGCUCCAGCUGCUUGUACCCUUGCUGCUUGCAAGAGCUUGAAGUCCAUGCCCCGCCAGGCACACCUGUUGGGUAUAUUAAGCAGACGUGGCACCCCUUUCUGCCUAAGUUCACUAUCCAAAAUGAACUCCAUCAGGAUGUCCUCAAAAUCACCGGGCCCUGUAUAGUGUGCAGCUUGUGCCAAGAUAUUAAUUUUGAGGUGCUGUCACUGGAUGAGCAGACAGCGGUUGGAAGGAUUUCUAAGCACUGGUCUGGCUUUCUGAAAGAGGCCUUCACCGAUACUGACAACUUUGGAGUCCAGUUCCCAUUGGACCUUGAUGUUAGAAUGAAAGCUGUCUUGCUGGGGGCCUGCUUCCUUGUGGAUUUCAUGUUUUUUGAAUCCGCGGGAGGAGGCCGGCAGCGAAUGGGCGUCUGGGGUUAG